CCGGGCAUUGAGCCCCUGCUGAUAACCCAAAGCUCUCGUGGGAUCGAAUCGGAUCGGAUCCCAUCAUAAAAUACACGCGCGGAGAGCUUCGGAGGUUUAGUAUACUUAAAGACGCCAUGGUCAGCAGCAGGAGGGGAAUUGCAUUUGUCGCUCUGGCCCUCACACUGAUCGCCUCCAUUGAGGGAUCUCUGUUCGGCAGGGACGAGAGUCAAGAGGAUCACAAGACGGAAUUCAAUCUGGCAUCCACUUUGAGCGCCGGGAUCACCAGCAGUCGCCAUCGCCAGCGGUCCCAUCUCGGCUCGCCUUUGUAUCCGGGUCUUGGUCAGGUGGGAGCAGGAUACGCCGGCGCCACCGGAUCCAUCGAUGAUGCCCAUGGCCAUGAGCAGGGCGGCUCUGGCGUCCGAGUGGCCAGCACGAACCCUGUAGUAUUCCCUGGCAGCCAGUUUUCCAAUCCUGCACUCACAGUCACAGCAGGACAACAGUUUCCGGCCUAUCCGCCACCAGGAUAUCCAAACCAACAGGCUCCUGUUCCGUAUCCAGUUGCAGGAGGUUCUGCUGGAGGGUCAUCUUCAGGUGGUUUCCAAAGUGCAGGUGUUCCUCCUGGUUAUCCUGCUCAGUAUCCCACUGGUGUUCCACCUCAGCAGCCAGUGGGCACUGGAUCCCCUGGUUUCUAUCCGGGAACUGGUGCCUAUCCCGGCUACUCUUAUCCAGGAGUGUACUUGCCACAGUAUCCCGGCUAUCCGCAGCCAGCUCAGUUUCCUCCCUAUGGAGUGGCUCCAGGAGCAGUUGGAGUUCCUGGAGUGGCUGGUGUGCCAGGAGUACCGGGAGUAGCCGGAGUACCAGGAGUACCAGGAGUUCCUGGAGCAGCUGGUCACUUUCCGGCCACAAGUGGGCAGAACUUCCAUCGGUAUCCCAGCCACAACGCCGCCGAUCCCAACCACUGGGAUCACCACUUGGCAAUGAACACAGAGUACAACGAGGAAGGGGUUCACAAAGGACCCUUUGGAGUGCUCAACAACCACAAUGCCUUCGGCUAUGGCAGUGGCUAUGGAGGCGGCUACAAUGGCGCCUACAACUCGCCGGCCUACUGAAGCUGGACGGGAUUAGGGGCGUGAAGUAAUCCGAGUCGUAGUCAUAAGUUGGCUGCUCCUUCUGUUUGGGCAGCUGUCUCUACCCAUCUCUCCAUUUGUGUGUCCCUGCGAAAUAAACUUGAUUUCUGCACACCCAACCAAGAUAAUUAGCAAUGCUGGCCAGUUACCAGUUGCCAGUUGCACCUUGAACCGGAAAAAAUAAAGCACAUGCAUUUCGGCUCCCAUACAGACAGAUAACCUUA